AAUUAGGAAGAAAUAUAUACAUAUUUUUAACAAUAUCAUGGUAAACCAUGAGCAAUUGACACUUUAAAAUGUAUGAAAAUCAAUUUCGACGAGUUUUAUUUCCUUUGAGAAUGACACCAAAUGUAUUAUAGGGUAAAUAUCACUUCUUAUUUCUUCUCUUGAAAAGGGGGUGUGUUUCAUACCAGACAUGGUAUUUCAGAAAUUUCGCCUUUACAUGUGUAGGAAUGCAAAUUUGUUGUCGUUGGUUUUCCUAAUUUCAGGGGAAUUUUCCCUUCAUUUUUGACGCGUGAAACUGAAUGGGACACGAGGCAAGAUGACCAUCGAACAAAAUGCAAUUCGAAAUCAGCAACUUAUAAAGAACCAAGAGACUGCCCUCAACCAACUGAAAGAGAUAACAGGAGUCCAUGACCCAGCGGCUCUGAGGCAUGCCUAUGAAGCCAGCGAUGGGGACAUCACCCAGGCCAUCACCUUCUUGACUGAAGGCCAUGACAACACUGCUGCAGGUGGCUCAGCAGGAACGGCAACAGCAGCAGCUCCAGGUCACCAGGGGAAUCCCAGGCAUCAAGUUGCCCAUCAGCCAGUGGCUGUUGCAACCGCUGCAGCCACAGCAGCAGCACCGGUGACUCAGCCAGCCAAUGCUCCUGCCAAUGUGUAUGGCCCUAGGAACAGGCCCCAAGGAGAGGGUGGUAAGUCAUCUGAUGUUAUUGAUCUUACCCAGGAUAGAGACGAGAAGGAAGAUCUUCAAAGAGCCAUUGCUCUCAGUCUACAGGAAACAACUCAAUCAAGCAUCGGUGUGUCCGCAGAAGAACAAGAUAUCAGCAGAGUUCUUGAACAGAGCAUACGUGAUGCAGGUCAAGGUAGAAGCAAUACAUGGUUCGUCGACCCUCUCAAUCCUCAUGAUAGGCAGAGGGAAAGCGGCUGGCCGGUAGGACUAAAGAAUGUAGGCAACACGUGCUGGUUCUCUGCUGUUAUACAGUCAUUGUUUCAUCUUCCUGCCUUUCGUCAAUUGGUGCUCAACUUCAGCCCUCAACCUGCCAAAAACACAGGAACAGGAGAUACCAACAGUCAUAAUCACAGAAAUCUUUUAUUCAUGUCGGAGCUCAGAUCUCUGUUUGCCCUGAUGCUUGGUACCAAUAGAAAGUAUGUGGACCCUUCCAAGUCUGUCCAGAUCCUCAAAGCAGCUUUCAGUGGUGGAGGUGCAGAUAACCAACAGGAUGUUAGUGAGUUUACUCAUAAACUCUUGGAAUGGUUAGAAGAGGCCUUCAAAUUAGACACAUCGGGACAUCCCUCACAGAAUGAAGGAGCCGAAGGAGGUGAAAGUACCAACAAGAACCCUAUGCUAGAUCUCUUCUACGGUCAGUACAAGGCCGAAGGUAUCAACGAGGGCAAGGUCUUCAGUAACCUUGAGACUUUCGGACAGUGCCCUCUACAGAUCAACGGUUAUAAUGACCUUCACCAGAGCCUGGAGGCAUCCAUGUCCAAGGCAGAAAUAGAAACGGUCAAUGGAGAUGCAACCUACAGAUCAGCACAAGAGCACUGGUUCACGAGGUUACCCCAUGUUUUAAUCUUCGAGCUUUCAAGAUUUCAAUUCAACCAAGAGCUUGGCCGGCCAGAGAAAAUACACAACCAAUUUAAAUUCCCUUCACUACUUUACAUGGAUAGAUAUAUGGAUGCUAACAGGGAAGUUGUUAGAAAAAAGCGGGAAGAAGUUGCCAUCCUUCGCCUACAGUAUAGUGAACUGCAGUCUAGAUUAGAAAGAUUUUUAUGCUACGGAAGCGGUGCUAAGCGAAUGCCUUUAUACGAUGUCCUUCAAUACACGUUAGAAUAUGCAAACAGCGGAUGCCCGGAACAACGGCAUCUGGACGGGAUGGGAAGCCCUCGGACUAGCUGCAAUAAUAACUCUGCCAGUGAAGAUGUGGAGAUGGCCUCGCCCUGUGGGUCAGCAAAGAAUAGCCCAAGACCAGGAUCCUCACCAAACCUUCAGCCCAUGCAGCAUCCCUUCUCUCCACCCAGCCCCACCUCUCUCUCCAGCUCACCAACAGUGUCUUCCAAAGUCCCAAGGUACCAGAAGCCACCACCGUUGAACCUUCUAGACAAGCCCUCAUUGCAGCACGGAACAGCUGGUUCACCCGGCCACACCCCUGGGGGUCCCACUGGUACCAUUCCAGGACCGUCAAUGAAGCAUGAGCUGCCUUCGCCUAAGCCUGGCCACAUUACCGAUUCUGAGCUAGAUAUCUUACAAGGGUGCCUGAAGAGAUGGAGAACGGAGGUCAUGAGUGAGGUCAAAGACUUGCACCAUGAGAUUGCCAAAGUGGAAGAGAAGAUUCAUACAACAUAUGAGGAAGCUGAGCUCAAAUAUCAAAAGUACCGCCUCCAUGCUGUCCUGGUACACGAAGGUCAAGCCCUAGCCGGUCACUACUGGGCCUACAUCCUAAACCACAAGAGGAACGUCUGGAUCAAAUUCAAUGACAUCGCCGUUACCGAGGUAACAUGGGAGGAGCUAGAGAGGGUAUCGUUAGGAGGAGACGGUAACGCUAGUGCCUAUUGUGUCAUGUACGUUGAGUCUGGUAACCGAGCGCUCUUUGAAGAGGUCCAUGCAGAAACUGGUCUGAUCAAUUUGGAUGACCUGGCCAACGACCUCCGACAACUCAUCGUCGACGACAACCAGAAAUUUGAAGAGGAGCUGAAGCAGUGGGACGAGCAAGUGCAGCUACGCCGACAACAACAGCUGCAACUUCAGCUUCAACAGCAGGGAGAGAGAGGACAAGCCGACGGUGGGACCAGGGAGAAGAUUACAUCAAGAGGAGCAAACACUACUAACAAUGAUGUUGUCCCUCUUGAUGAUGUCCCUAUGAGGGACGAGGAUGAUGCAAUGUCACCGAGGAGAGGACCGCCCCUUACCAACCAGGACAGCAUGGAGACAAGUCAUCCAGAGACCAGGCCCAAGACCCCUAAGAGUCCUAGAACACCAAAGAGUCCUGUCUCCACUGCUCCUUUCUUUGGAGAAGGUGGCCCAGAGGCAGCAGUGCAGCAGAUGUAUGCACGUGAACUGAAGAGAUGUCAGGAGCUUGCCUUGUCUGAGGACCCCCCUGAUUCUGAUGCAAGGUUAGAAUCGUUUGCUGUCUAUCUCCUGAGAAACAAUGCAGCUAACGGCCUCAUGCAACAGAGUAUACUAAUACAACUCAAAGACUUAGGAUUAGCGUCAGAUGAUCUGAGGAGUCAAGCGAUAGGUAAGAUUGCCCAGCGUAAGCUUGAGAGUGACCAAGACUAUCGGAAUGUCCACUCUCAGUUGAAGCAAUGGCAGUCAGAUUACAGCACCUUCGUCAGGACGGCUUCAUUCUUCAAUCACGGCAUCUCGUUGUGCCUCAGACAAGGAAUGUAUCAAGAUGCAAUGCCAUAUUUCAUACAUGCCUGUAAACUCAACGAAACCUUCGAUCCGUCCCAAACAAACAAGAGAAUGGAUAACAAACUACUAGAAUACUACAGGAGACAUUGUUUAAUACAACUCAACGAGCAGUGUGCCACGACUUUUGAUGCGGGAGAAGAGGCAGAUGCCAGCGCAAGUCUGCAGAUCAUGAGUGAGCUGGUUGUGCCAUGUACGAGCCUUCUUGGGUCCAACCCAGGAGAAGAUGCACAGGCCGUGGAAGAGAUCAGGUCUAGGUGGUGCUCGUAUCUUGGCCAUGACCUCCCCGGUAAACUGCAGGACAAACUGCAAGAUCUCUUAUCCCGGCUCCUCGAUGGCGGAUCUGACGGUCAGACCGUCAAGACCCCUCGUCCCGUCCGCUCCCAACGGUCAGUCAACCACGGCCAGCAGUUCAGGUCGACCAUGCAACUCAUCAGAGAAUUUGAACAUGCAAAUCGGGAAGAGGAUUCUUCAUCAUAGCACUGAGCCAUCAAGUUCAGGAGUCUGCCAAGGAAUCCUUGAUAAAAACUGUUGUUCCACGCAGAACUCUUUGUUUAACCAAAGGCACAAGAAAUUAGACCUACUGCCUUUUUGUCAGGUGCUCAGAAUUUUAAAUGGAGAAUGGUGAUGGCAUUUGUUAUGCCGGGCUCUUUAGGGAUCAGUUCAUAAGAGCUGACGUGGCUACCCGGGGUAAAUCAGACAUUCUUAUAACUAUUCUUUUUAUUAAUUAUAGUGUUUGACAUCGUAGGAAAUACCACAACAGUAAACCCACUGAGGAUAAGUUGAUGGACUUGUUGAUCGCUUUUGAUGAAUAGUUAGGAUAUCGGAAAUUUCAACAUGCCGACUGGGAAGAGCAUCAUUCAUCAUAGCAUAGAGCCAACAAAUCUAUGUCAGGAAUCUGACAAGGAAAUCUUAACCCCAGGUUAUCUUUCAAGCCUCGAGGUUGUUAUUAACAGAUUGUUUUAUUUUAGAAGGAAUAAAAAUUGGUAUUCAUAAUUUGUUACUGAAAUGAAUUUAAAACAGAGUUUAAAUUUGUUUCUAGAUUGUUAUUCUGAUAUUGUUAUUUGCGCCAAGAGUGCAGUUACUCUUCCUACAAAACCUGGUUAUAGAUUCUUAUCCUUAGUCCCAUAUUGUCCUAGAGAUAUUGAAUAGUAGCAACAGUACUGCAGUAACUAUCCAUUCAAAACCUAGUUAUCAUUAGUUUCUAGAAUUUUGUUCUGAGAUUGUUGUAUUCCAGAGAAAUAUAUAUUUGCAUCAACAUCGCAGUUGCGAGGGAUACCAUUAAUUUUUAAAUUUGUUAUUUUUAUGGGAUGUUGCAAGAAAAUAUUUAUGGCCUCUUGCAUAAAAUAUGUUCGACACAUUGUAAAGAAAAAGUUGCAUGAAAUCAUGCUUGAUUUCAAGCUGUUGGACGGAUCAUUGAAAAACAAGCAUUUCCAAAUAAGCGGCAGACAGUGGGCUACUAUUUUGAAAAUAAAGAACCCUGAGGAAGGGGAAAAAAUGGGCUACUGGUUUCUGCAUGGUGAGUGUGAUUGGCUUGAAAGUUAUGUUUGAAUUCUUUUUGUAAAACUUGUAAACAAGAUUAUAUGAAAUGAUAAGACAGGGCAGGGGUGGGGUAACAUUGAAUGGGGGAGGGGUGACCCGCUUCAAGAAAAACAAGAAAAUGGCUUGCUCUCCUUCAAUUGUAGAAAGUGAUGUCCCCCUUUUCUGCUGCGCCCCGCCCCCUUCAAACAUAUUCUCCACCCCUGUGAAAUGUAGCGACGAUUAAAAUGACUGAGAGACGUUUGAUAUAAAACUCAUCAACAUUAUUAAUAUUGUAAUAUUGAAAUCUCAAAGCCAUAGACUCCAGUCAACAACAUAAAGGGUUUCCUUCCCUGGCCUGAACAGCGUUCACUGUUCGUGCUGUUAACCUACUGUGAACCGAUCUGCUGCUUUGUUAGAGAAAACGAUGCUUGUUUUUCAACUAUCCGUCGAAUAGGUAGAAAUCAAGCAUGUUUUUAUGCAACUUCGCCUCGACCAUGCUCCAUUCCUAUUUUACGCAUGAGGUCUAAUAUGAACGAAGAAAAGAUUGAUAUUCAAAAGCCAGCAAAACUCACUCAAAAUCAUAAUUUGCUCGUGCAAAUGAAAAUUUGGUACCUCCACUUUUCAUUGUUAGAACUCAGUUGUGUGUGCAUUAUGAACGUUGAGAUGGGUCUCAAAUGAAAGAAGAGAAGUAUAUCUUUUUAUUCAUGUGCAAAUUUAUGGUCAUGAUUAUAGGAAACAUUUACUCUGAAUAAUGGUUUCCUUUUUACUGGGAAGCACUGUAUAAGAACUACCUAAAAGGGUCAAGGUACUG